GGGGACCCCCCAAAGCACCCCCCCAACCCCCCCUCCCCCUCCCAGCCCCCCAACCCCCCCCUCACCCCCCCCAGCCCCUCUCCCAGCCCCUCCCCCACCCCGGUGGAUCCCGGGGGGGGGGGGAAUUCCCGCCCCACCCCCCAUCCCGGGCAGGGGAGGGUUAACCGGGGCCCCCCCGCGCCCCCCCCCCCACCCCAUAAAUGCGGCUCCGGGGCCGGGGCAGCGGCAGAAGCGGGGCAGGAUGGCGACCCCCCCGCUCCCCGCCGCCUUCCUCCUCCUCCUCCUCCUGCCCCUGCCCCCCCCCGUCCGAGCCCCCGCCGCCCCCCCGGACGCUGCGGCCUCAACCGCGCCCCCCCCCCCCCCCGCGCGGGGGGGUCCCGUUGGGCCGCGGGGGGGGCCCGGUGCGGGUUGCGCAGCCUGGCGGUGCGGGUGGGGGAGCUGGGGCUGGGGUACCCCUCCCAGGAGACCGUGCUCUUCCGCUACUGCGGGGGGGGCUGCCCCGCGCCCCCCACCAACCACGGGCUGGUGCUGGCCCGGCUGCGGCCGGGGGGGGCGGCGGGGGGGGCCGGGCCCUGCUGUCGCCCCAGCCGCUACGAGGACGUCGCCUUCCUGGACGAGCGGCAGCGCUGGCACCGGCUGCACCAGCUCUCGGCCGCCGCCUGCCGCUGCGUGGGGUGA